GCAGCAGCCCAAAAUUCAGGUCAAACCCUAAGAUUCGCCGUCGCCGGCGAGCACCUGCGAUGGCUGGCGGCGGCGCUGGAUCCGUGGUGAACGGGACGCCGCGCAGGCGCGACCAUGCCGCCGUCCCCGCCCCCCUCCCUGACGAGGUCGUCCAGUGGGAAAUCCUCGUCCGCGUGCCGGCGAAGGAGCUCCUCCGCUGCCGCGCGGCCUGCCGCUCCUGGCGUCGCCUCGCCUCCGACGCCGCGUUCCUGAUGGCCCACCACCGCCGCCAGCCAUCCCUCCCGCUGGUCUUCUUCCGCACCAGGAGUAACGACUACGCCGCCCACGCCGUGGUUGAUGCCUUGGAUAUCCGGCGAACCCCCGCCGCUCGCCGGCCCGUCCUCGGGUUCGACGACUACAACAAAGAUCGACGUAGCUUCACCAUCCACGCCUCCUGCGACGGGCUCCUCCUCCUUUCCCUCUCCAACCACCGCUUCUACAUCUGCAACCCGGCGACGCGCCAGUGGCUCCAGCUCCCGGAUCUGACCGGCGGCAGUGUCGCGGCCCUGUACCCUCACCGCCCGUCGGGCGACUACCGUGUCCUCUUCUGGAAGUAUCCAGACAACAAGAGCUGCAGGGUCGCCUACUACGUCCUCACCGUCAGCUCGUUCCAGGGACAACAGCGAUGCAUCGGGCUGCCAGUGGCCUCGCCAUCCAUGAACAAGGACAGGUCCUGGUGGCACCUUCAAGCCUCCGAGCACCCGCCUCUCCUGCUACAUGGCUGCCUACAUUGGCAUGCUUUCAACAGCAAGAUAGUAAUUUUCGACACGGUGGCAGAGUCAUUCAGCUGGGCGCAAUCUCCCACAGCCACCAGCUCGGCACAUCUGCUUCAGAUGGAUGGUAUGCUCGGCAUCGGCUGCAUAGAUACGGCUACCAUGACCGCGAAAGCGUGGGUGUUGGAGGACUACGAGGCAGAAGUAUGGUCAUCAAAGUACCGGACGGAAUUGCCGGAGGAGGAGAUGAUGGAAGAUGGUAAAUGUGUUCAGUGUCUAUACGGCAAGGUUGUGUCUGAGAACGGAGAUAUGCUGCUAAUCGGUCGCAUUUGUUGGUCCCUCUCCCUGUUUCACUGUGACAACAAGGGCGACUUGAUCCAGAAAUUCCUAUGGGAGAACGUUGAUCCAAAGCUUCUCGGGAUCUCUUUCAAAGAGAGCCUAGUCAGGCAUCCAUUCUUCCAGAGGAAAGAUGGCAGCCGUGUGAGGCUGCCACGCUUUCUCCGAGGGCUGUAGGGGAGCUAGCACUGGUGCUUCUUCUUGAUGGUCUCCUUGCUUACUAUCGCUGUGAGUAUCUAGCUAGAAAAUACUCCCUUUGUGACCUAAAACGUCUUAUAAAAGUUUACAAGAGGGAGUAAUUACUAAGUAGGAGGGAGGUUGGACUCUUUGCUUGUCUAUAUAUGUACUCUAGAUACAUCCAUUUGAGCGACAAGUAAUUCCGGACGGAGGGAGUAUGAUCCAAAUGUUAAUGCAUGCCUGCACUCACACCAUGCUUAUUCAAAAUUUUCCUUUAUAGUUUUGCUACUCUAUAAUAUAUGCUGAGAAUGUGUAUAAAACCUUGUGGAAGAUGCAAGGAUGACACUGAUCUGUUUUAACCUUGGUAAGAAUCUGUUCUGCGAAUUGCAAAUUGUAGUGUUCUACAGAGCUACAAUCUGCAAGAUGGGGGAAAAUAUUUUACAGAGAUUUGUGGUAGCUUAUAGAUAA